AAAAUACUUGGGUCCUUCUGCAUGUUGUCACGUGUAAGAGGAACUUGACCUCCUUGUCAUAAUAGAGGCUGGCACUGUUGCUGUAGCUAAACAUAGUUAAUUAAAAUGAUUUUAUUCUGUUAAAACAAUUGCACUCGAUUAACGGAAGCUGAAAAUGUCGGUAAAUCGCUGUGUUUACUUAUUGUCGCGCUCUCACUUCCGAUCCCGGGUCUGUGCUGGCACAGCUUCUGUAGCAAACAGCACUACACUGCAUCGAAUAAGAAGGACAUUUAAACAGUUAUCAAUUAGACAUUCAUCUACGAACAGUUCUUCGAGACCCCUGGACACAUCCCUGUUUGUCCCGCUCACCGUCAGAAGUGAUGAAGGGGACGGGACAGUCGGCGAGGAGCUGACGCAACCGCUGGACAAAGGUGAACUUCUGAAGGUACUGAAUAGAUUCUACAAAAGGAAAGAAAUGCAAAAACUGGCUGCUGACCAGGGGAUUGAUGCUCGUCUCUUCCAUCAAGCGUUUGUGAGUUUUCGGAAAUAUGUGCUGGAGAUGAACUCACUGAAUGCUGAGUUUCACAUCAUUCUUAGUGACAUCUGUUGUGGAGCUGGUCACAUAGAUGACAUUUUCCCAUACUUUAUGAGACAUGCCAAAGAGAUUUUCCCUAUGUUGGACUGUUUGGAUGAUUUACGCAAGAUCAGUGACUUACGGGUCCCAGCAAACUGGUAUCCAGAGGCCAGGGCUAUUCAAAGAAAGAUUGUUUUUCACGCAGGACCGACCAACAGUGGAAAGACCUAUCAUGCCAUCCAGAGAUUCCUAGCAGCCAAGUCUGGAGUUUACUGUGGACCGCUAAAGCUGCUGGCCCAUGAAAUCCAUGAGAAGAGUAAUGAGGCAGGAGUGCCAUGUGAUCUGGUCACAGGAGAAGAGAGAAUAUUUGUUGAUCCAGAAGGAAGAGUGUCUGGCCACAUUGCAUCUACCAUAGAGAUGUGCAGUGUCACAACUCCUUAUGAAGUGGCUGUCAUUGAUGAGAUUCAGAUGAUCAAAGAUCCUGCCAGAGGAUGGGCUUGGACGAGAGCUCUUCUAGGUUUGUGUGCUGAGGAGAUCCAUGUGUGUGGAGAAGCUGCAGCAGUUGACUUUGUCACUGAACUCAUGUACACCACUGGUGAAGAGGUCGAGGUACAUAAUUAUAAAAGGCUGACCCCUUUUUCAGUCUCAAAUCAUGCAGUGGAAUCAUUAGAUAACCUGAAGCCAGGCGACUGCAUCGUGUGCUUCAGCAAAAAUGACAUCUACUCGAUCAGCCGGCAGAUAGAAGUUCGUGGCCUGGAGUGUGCUGUCAUUUAUGGCAGCUUGCCCCCUGGCACCAAGUUGGCUCAAGCAAAAAAGUUUAAUGAUCCAGACGACCCUUGCAAAAUCCUUGUUGCCACAGAUGCAAUUGGAAUGGGGUUGAACCUGAGUAUUAGGAGAAUCAUCUUUAAUUCUCUGGUAAAACCCAGUGUGAAUGAGAAGGGGGAGAGGGAGCUGGACACUAUUUCCACCUCACAGGCGCUGCAGAUCGCUGGCCGAGCAGGACGCUUCAGCUCUGUGUUUAAAGAGGGGGAGGUCACUACUAUGCAAAGGGACGACCUUCCUGUUUUAAAGGAGAUCUUGGGGAAGCCUGUUGAUCCUAUUGAGACAGCAGGAUUGCACCCCACAGCAGAGCAGAUAGAGAUGUUCGCCUACCAUCUCCCCCAAGCAACUCUCUCAAACCUUAUUGAUAUAUUUGUCAGUCUUGCACAAGUGGAUGGAAUUUACUUUGUCUGCAACAUUGAUGACUUCAAAUUCCUGGCGGAUAUGAUUCAGCAUAUUCCUCUGAAUCUGCGGAUCCGCUAUGUGUUCUGCACGGCCCCAAUUAACAAGAAACAGGCCUUCGUUUGCACAUCCUUUCUCAAGUUUGCCAGACAGUUCAGCAGAGAUGAACCUCUGACAUUCAGCUGGGUGUGUCGACAUGUGAAUUGGCCUCUGGUGCCUCCCAAAAACAUCAAGGACCUGGUUCACCUCGAGGCUGUCCAUGAUGUGCUAGAUCUUUACCUUUGGCUCAGCUAUCGCUUCAUGGACAUGUUCCCUGAUGCUAGUCUCAUCCGUGAUAUUCAAAAGGAAUUGGACGGGAUCAUCCAGGUUGGUGUGCGUAACAUCACGCGGCUUAUCCGUGCCACAGAGGAUCAACCCGCCUCUGCACAAAACACUGCCUCCAUAGGACUUGCUGUUUUAGACACACCGCCACUGAGGAGGGGACGAGGGACAAAGAAUCAAAGAAAAGAUCCCAGGGCGCCGGACUCGUCACUGAGCUCAAGGUUGGUGCGGGACGGCCUACUGACAAAGGAACUGUUACAGCAGCUGCAGAGAGAAUGGGUUCGAGAGCAGAGCCAACAAGGAGACGACUCCAAUUCAGCAAAUAAAGGGAAAAGAAAGAAAAAGUGAACAUUAAUGUGUAACAUGGGCUUUUCUGUACAUUGAGAGGAUCAAGAGAACAGUACGACCGUGCUUCUGAUGUUCUGAACUGGAUGUAAUGGUUGUGCCUCACCACUUUUCUGGAGCACAUCACAUCUAUCUUGCUAUAAAACAUCACAGCUUUCAUAGAAAUGUAAAACCGAGUGUCAAAAAGAGACAUGUAACACCCCCUUUUAGAUGUGACAGUAAAAUUAUAUUGAUAUUUUCAAUGGCUCUCCUUUGCCUAACCAAUGUUUAAAAAAUGUGUUUAUUGUACAAGAUAAUAACCAGAAUCAAAAACAUUGAAAUGUUCUUGGCAGUCCAUUGAACCUUUAAAAAAAAAAAAAAC